GCCUCACAAACUGGGCCUGGACUGGAUCCAACUUCGCAGGCUUUUAGCCAUUUUAAUGAGAACGCUCAUAGAAUAGUUUCCAAGUUUUAACUCUCUCCCAGCCCUAAUUACUCAAUUGCUCUCAUUCAAAUCCUGUGCGCUCUUUCUCAAUUAUCGGUUGAACGAAAAUGCCGAAAGUGAGGACAAACCGCGUCAAGGUCCCGGAGGGUUUUGAACUGAUUGAGCCUACUCUCCUUGAAUUGCAAGCGAAGAUGAGAGAAGCUGAAAAUGAUACUCAUGAUGGGAAGAGAAAAUGUGAGACACUUUGGCCAAUUUUUAAGAUAGCGCACCAGAAGAGUCGAUAUGUUUACGAUCUUUAUCACCGCAGGAAGGAAAUAUCUAAAGAGUUGUAUGAGUUCUGCUUGGAUCAAGGCUAUGCUGACCGAAAUCUGAUAGCCAAGUGGAAAAAGCCUGGCUAUGAGCGCCUUUGCUGUUCACGAUGCAUGCAACCACGGGAUCACAACUUUCAGACUACUUGUGUCUGCAGAGUUCCCAAACACCUGAGGGAGGAGAAGGUCAUAGAGUGUGUGCAUUGCGGUUGUAACGGCUGCGCAAGUGGAGACUGAUAAAUUUGUUUCCCCUCUGCAUACAGUAAUUUACUUCUAAUACUGCCUUAUAAUUGCUCUUCACGUAAAGAUGCCUAAAUCUUGUCUGAGCAGUACUAAUAUCUAAUCUAGUGCCUUCCAUAUCAAGUACACUUUUGCACUGGAUUAUGUUAGUGUAUAUGUAAUGUGUAUCAUGUACUAUUACUGUAUGGUUUGAAAACUCUGUACAGCUUGACUAAUCUAGGACUUAUAAUAUCUUAACUAUUUCUGUUUAAAA